CAUUGUAGAGGAAUUAGGCUGCGUUUCCACCAGAGAUGUGCGAGGAUGCAUAGCGAGGGAUGUGUUUGUAAAGAACCAAUAGGAUCGCUUCAUUUACCUUGCCUCGGUCAGCACAGCUCUGGUGGAAACGGCUCAGCGGAGCUAGAUUUUUGCGCAUACAAAACAAGCGCGGGAUGUGUGCGAGGGAUGUGUACGAGGGAAGUGUGCGAGGAAUGUGUGUUGAGAAAGAUGUGUUGCGAGGUUUGCGCAUACUGUACCAGCCAGUCCAUAGACGGAGUUUGUUGGAAGUAGAAGUGCGCAAAAUAGAUAAUAAUAUGGAUAAUUGGAAAAAGAAAAUACUUUUAUAUUUAACAAUUUGUGAUGAAGAAAUGGAAGCAGAAGAUACGGAGUUUAUUAGUUCUAUAAUUUUGAGCAAUACAAGAACACACAGGUUUUGGAUACGUAACCAUAUUAAAUAUCAUCGAUUACAUGGAGAAUUCUUUACCUUUUUUCAUACGGCUGAUGAUGAAAUAUUCGAAAAUUCUUAUCGAGUAUCUAGAAGUAACUUUUAUGAGUUACACAAUUUGAUUGAGAACAUUAUCAAGAAAGAAGACACUCACUACAGAGAAUGCAUCAGCACCAAGGAAAAAUUGGCGGUAUGUUUAAAGUAUUUAUCCACGGGCUCGUCGUUCACACGAUUGGCAGAAAAUUUUAGGAUUGGAGUAGCAAGUGUGUCGAGAAUUGUGGCAGAAGUUUGUAAUGCUCUUUGGCUUGUUUUACAACCUCUUGUUAUUCCAAAACCUACCAAAGACGACUGGAAGCGAAUAGCAAAGGAUUUUCAAGAGCUAUGGCAGUUUAAAAAUUGUUUGGGGGCUCUAGACGAACCUGAACCAUUAUAUGAAGGAGGUGAACCAGUACCAUUUGUAUUCAUUGGAGAUGAGGCUUUUCCUUUGAUGGAAAAUUUCAUGCGCCCAUAUCCGCGGGACCAGUUAGACCAACAGAAACGUAUAUUUAACUAUAGACUUUCCAGGGCACGUCGCAUUGUAGAAGCUACAUUCGGUGUAUUGGCACGAAAGUGGUAUGUGUAUCGUAAAGACUUUGAAUGCAGAGUGGAAACGGUUGACAAAAUCGUAAAAGCCACAUGUGUAAUGCAUAAUUUUUUAAUUGAAAGACAAAGUAAUUAUUUGGAUUGCAUUGAUAACACAAAUACAAGUACUCUUGUAUCGGUUCCUAGCAUUUCCGUCGUCGUGUCAAGUGAUAGUUAUGAUGUAAGAGAGAAAUACUGCUCUUAUUUCAAUAAUCAAGGAAAAGUGUCAUGGCAAGAUACUCGUAUUUCGUCACGAAUUCAUCGCACACAAUAAAUACCCAAAUAUUGUAACUUGUAUUUUAAUAUACCUGAUUUUAAUACAUGAUUAUUACUUACCAUCUUUA